AUGCGUACGCUGAAGAGUGAAGCGAGUGGUGUGUCGGGGAGUGGAUUGUUGUCGGUGCUGAUGCUUCCGGAUGGUAGUCGAACGGAAUUGGAUCGUUGUGUGGCUCAGGUAGUGACGAUACGCGCGGGCGGCGGAGAUGUGACAGCUUUGGUGUUGGCGCCAAGCACGGCGUUUGAGAUAGGAUGGGCUGCGAGCGAGCGGACGCCGUUACAGACGGUAGUGGUGGAGGGCGAGAACUACGACUGGUUCCAUCACUGGGACCGCAUGAUGGUGUGGCGUCCGAAGGAGGGGCCGCCGAACGACCAACGUGCGGAGGCGGCCCUGCUUGGCGCGCUGCGGCGCCGCUUGGCGCACAGCACGCCACAGGGGACAUACGAGGUGGACGCGUUAUGUGCCGAGGUCUUUCACAACGACGUGGGCGAGCUGUACCGCAUUCUCGCGGGGGGGGAAAACGCGGCAAUGGGGUACGAGAUGGGGUACGAGAUGGGGUACGAGAUGCAGCGUCUUAACGGCGCCGACGACGUCUCGGUGACCCUAACUCGGCCGGUGGACGUGUCGGAGUUGAAGGAGGUCUCGGCCAAGGUGCCUAAGGACUGGCUGCCGGUGCUGCAAAGGUCGGCGGUGAAAGGCAACGGGGACCGUGAGGUGGGGCGGCUGGAGGCUAUGCGGCGAUCCCGUCACAUGCCAGAAGUCUGCGGGUACGUCGGCGUGCUCUCGUUGGUUGGAAUCUGUGGCCUGGUCGGGUACCAGCUAUGGUCAUCGCAUAAGUCUAGGAUGGCGGCCUUCCUGGCGUCCAGCACCAGGAGUAAUUGCCCCGCCCUGGACGACCCGAAGGUCUCCCUCAUUUACACGGACCACCUGACUAACUCCUGGACGCCGGGAGCCCCUACGCCGCUGGCACCCUGCGGCAGUGGCACACUCGUCUGCGGCAACAACUCGCUCACUACGCACUGUGAUGCCUUCGGCAGCCCCUGGCCCGACUCUUUCCCGCGAGUUUGGAACAUUACCGGAAAGCACGCGUUCGACAAAUGUGCCGUAUUCUGCCACACCUCCGAAGAAGUAAACAGCUCUCUCGCCAAACGACUCACCGCCCGCUUUCCCUUCCAAGACCCAGCGACGAAUCUGACGCUCCCCCCCACCAUGCUCGCCAGGUCACCCAUGGAGCAAGCUCAGCAACUCAUCGCAGCACUCAUAGUAAACAACAGCUGCUCAGGUUUGGCCGCCUCGAGGGAAGAGCUUAAUGCCUUCAUCAACUCCGACUGCGUGUGCGACGUGGCGAAUGUAACGUGUGUGGUUAAGGUUAAGAGAUCUGGCGAUGAGUUCAAAGCAACAGUCACCGAUCUGGAAGUGCCCCUCACCAAGGUGUCGGCCUCCUUUGGCGACUACCCGGAGAAGGACUACGAGACCCACGAUUGCGAGUACGAAUGCUCCAAUCUGAAUAAAGACGUUAUGACAGGGGAGCACGACAGGCAAACCAUGGCACGGCAGCACGCUAGCGGUCACUCCAAUGUCUCAUCAAACAUGACUACGAGUACGAAGUUCGCCCUCAAGUACGACCAAGAGCCCAAGUACGACCAAGAGCGCAAGUACGACCAAGAGCACAAGUACGAUCAAAAGCACAAGUACGAUCAAGAGCACAAGUACGAUCAAGAGCACAAGUACGAUCAAGAGCCCAAGUACGACCAAGAGCACAAGUACGACCAAGAGCACAAGUAUCGGUACAACCACGAGUGCAACCACCAGCUCGAAACUACUUAA